UAGUCUAUACUGAUUCGCUUCAUCAAAUUAACCCAAUUCUCUGAAUCCUGAUCUGAAUCCGAAAACCCUAAAUGGAUCUUCUGAGGAAGGAGCUUCUCGACAAGCGCCGAUCCCUUGCUGAAGAAUCCGGCGGCAAGAGAGUUUUCAAGCGCUCUCAGAUCCAACAGAGGCAACUCCAGAAGCUUCGCGAACAAGAGAAGCGCGAACUCGAAGCCAAAUCCCUUAAACGCCGCUCAAUCUCCUCCGACAUCGCCGCCCCAACCUCCACCGCUGCAGCCGCCGACGUCUCUCUCCCUAAUGACGAGCACAACAUCGACAAGCUCCUCCUCCCCAAACUCGAGGUCAUCCGCCGCCUCCGCUUCCUCAAGCAGCCCAUCACCCUCCUCGGUGAAGACGACGGUGCCCGGCUCGACCGCCUCAAACACGUCCUCAAGACCGGUCUCUUCGAAGUCGACAGCGAUAUGACGGAGGGGCAGACCAACGAUUUCCUCCGCGACAUCUCCGAGCUCAGGAAGCGCCAGAAGACCGGCACCAUGAGCGACAGGAAGCGUCAGAAGCCUGGCGACUGCGCCACCGAAUCCCGAGAAGGUGGUGACAUGGGCGAUGACGAUGACGAUGACCUGAGUGAAGGGGCUGGCGGCUCCGACGCUGACAAUGAUCUUAAGCUGUUGAAGGCGAAUUUCGAGGAGCUGUGUGGGGAGGAUAAGAUUCUGGUGUUCUUCAAAAAGCUUUUGAACGAGUGGAAAGUGCAACUGCUGCGUGAGAUGCCUGAGGCGAAGAGGAGAACCGCUGAUGGGAAGUCCCUGGUGGCAAGGUUCAAACAGUGCGCACGUUACUUGAACCCCCUGUUUAAGUUUUGCAGGAACAAGAUUCUUCCGGAUGACAUUCGACAGGCGCUAUUGUUGAUGGUUGAAUGCUUUAUGAAGCGAGAUUAUCAGGCUGCAAUGAGCCAUUAUAUGAAGCUAGCCGUCGGGAAUGCCCCUUGGCCUAUUGGGGUCACUAUGGUUGGUAUACAUGAAAGAUCUGCCCGAGAAAAGAUCCACACCAAUAGUGUUGCUCACAUCAUGAAUGAUGAGACGACUCGCAAGUACUUGCAAUCAGUGAAGAGAUUAAUGUCAAUUUGCCAAUUACUUUACCCUACAUUGCCAUCUAAAGCUUUUGAGUUUAACAGUUUGGCAAAUGGGGGUAGUGAUUUGAAGUCGCUUUUAGCUGAAGAUAAGAAUAAUAGUUGAUAAAUGGGAGUGAAAAUGGGUGUAUAGAAACUCAUGGUUCAUGUAUAAAAACUUAUCUUGUUUUAUCUAGGCUAUGUGUUUAACCAAGGACUUCUGCUAUGGCAAGAGUUUUAUAGACUGACAAAAAAAUUCAGUUUAUGUUUCUUAUCAA